AGGGUGCGGUCUGAAGUGGCAACAGAUCGUUUUGGAUCACUCAAAUCUCUUCAAUUCAACUGGAAAGCUGCAGCUUGUUGGAGAGAGAGGAGAAGCUUUCAAUCCACAGAGAGAGAGAGAGAGGGCACCAACCAAGCAGAGAGUGUCUGAUGGUGUGUGUGACAGUUUUCCCAGAGCAAAAAGAAAAGAGAGAGGGAGAGAGAAACCACAACACUGCAACUUGGAUAUCAGUUAGUAACCACUCUCUCUCUCUCUCUCUUUAACUCUCUCACCCACCAAAUCGACUUUGAACCUGUUUGUUUAAAUACACGGACUUUACAGCCUUGCACACUUUACUGUUGAUUCUGUGAAGGCGGAGGGAGCGAAAGUUUCUCAAUUUUGGAGUCCUUUUUUUUGGUUUUUUGUUGGAGCUUUGCUAAAAAAAAACAACUUGUGUUGGUGUCCUGAUGGUGCCUGGAGCCGCCGAGGUGAGCUGCGACUGUAGUAGUCGAGUAUCGCGACUGUCACGAUGGACGAUGGAGUCGGGAAGUGAGCCGGGGAGGUACUGAGGACGAUGCGGAUCUCCUUCCUCCUUCUCACCGCCUCUCUGUGUGCCUUGGUCCUCCUCCUCGCACCUGCCUCGGAGGGCUGCGGACCGGGGAGGGGGUACGGCAAGAGGAGGCUCCCCAAGAAGCUCAUCCCGCUGGCCUACAAGCAGUUCAGCCCCAACGUGGCCGAGAAGACCCUGGGAGCCAGCGGGAGACCUGAGGGCAAAAUAACGCGCAACUCCGAGCGCUUCAAAGAACUGACGCCCAAUUACAACACAGAUAUCAUCUUCAAGGAUGAGGAGGACACGGGAGCAGACAGGCUCAUGACGCAGCGUUGUAAAGACAAGUUAAACUCUCUGGCCAUCUCGGUGAUGAACAUGUGGCCGGGCGUUAAGCUGAGAGUGACGGAGGGCUGGGACGAGGACGGUCAUCACUCAGAGGACUCGCUGCACUAUGAGGGAAGAAGUGUCGACAUCACCACCUCAGACAGGGACAGAAAUAAGUACGCCAUGUUGGCCCGGCUGGCCGUAGAAGCUGGAUUUGACUGGGUCUACUAUGAGUCCAAAGCCCACAUUCAUUGUAGCGUCAAGUCAGAACAUUCUGUGGCGGCCAAAACCGGCGGCUGUUUCCCUGGCGAUGCUCAGGUUAUCCUCGAGGGCGGGGCUACAAAACAGAUGAGUGAGCUUCACCCUGGCGAUCGCGUCUUGACCUCCUCAACGACAGACGGCGCUCUUCUCUACAGCCCGGUCUUGUCCUUCCUGGACCGCCAACCCAACGUCACAAAGAUCUUCUACAUCAUUGGCACCAACGCGGGACUUAAUAUUACUCUCACGGCCGCUCACCUGAUCUUCGUCACAGACUGCACCGUUGGGCCGAGGGAGCCAAAGUGGGAGGAAGAGCCGCUUUCGGGCUCCAUACGGGAGGGCGGGCCUAGCUGGGAAGCAGGUCUGAGGACAGUUUUUGCCAGUGAGGUCCAGCCAGGACAGUGCGUACUGACGUCACAAGGGAAAGUGGGGUCACUUUCAGUCGUGACCUCUGUAGAAGAACAGAGGAGCACCGGGUUGUAUGCCCCGCUAACCCAGCAUGGCUCCAUAGUGGUGAAUGGUGUGCUGGCGUCCUGCUACGCUGCCCUGGACAAUCACCGUUUGGCCCACUGGGUCCUGGCCCCGCUGAGGUUCUUCUACAGCCUGAUGGGACCCUCAGAAGCGCAGACCGACGGCCUGCACUGGUACCCUCGGUUUCUACACAAGCUGGGGCUAACGCUGUUGGACGCUGGACACUUCCACCCCUUGGGGGUCGAGCAAGCACGUGGAUAGGAGCCACAGAGACAUGUUUCACACUGACAUUCACUUACCUGUAUUCAGGAGCACCAAAGCACAGAUUGAGGGAAUCACCAAAGACAAUUUUAUAGUGAAAAUAUGUUUUUAUCCUACUUGCCUGUAUUUGCUGUACUUCAACAAACUCCUUUUUUUAUAGUAAAAUUGUGCAAAAUACAAAGAGAAGAGACUGGGAGGAUUAGUUUUAUAGAUUUAGAGGACUGGAAAGACAAUCAAAGACAGGUUUGUAAAAGUUUUAUAGAAUAUUAAACUUGAAUACCAACAGAUAUACUGACAUAAAUAUCUCCCGUGUUCAAUUUAAGAGGUGAACGUCCAUGUCGAUGUGUUUAAGUUCCGCUCAGAGCACCUCAGAGAUCAAAAACAGGGACUGUGAUUCGAAACAACAGCUUUCAGGAACAGUGGGACGUGAAGACAAUCAUCGUUCCUUUGUACUGUAUUUACUGUAAUGUGUCAACUUUUUGUGCAGCUUGACAUCACGCUGGGGCUUACUGAUAAAGUUAGAGGAAAUUAAGGACGCCUUUUGUGACACAUUUUGGGAGCGUCAGAAUUCAGAGGAAAGGUUAAGGUGAACACAUGAAGGAAACAUUUGAGGAAGAAAAGACAAAAUAGCAUGGAGCAAACUGAACAAGGUGUGAUUUGAAGCUCUAUAUGUACAUAGGUAUUUAUGUUAAAAAGGAAAGAAAGGCAACAAAUUAACUUUACUGUCAGAAUCAUCACUCAUUCUUUAUAGAGCCUAUACUGUAUAUUAGAAUUAAUUUACUUAAUAUUAUUUAACUGGACAAUGACGGGGAUGACGUUCUGUGUAUUUACUGAAUGCAAUAUGGUUGUGUUGCAUUAUAGCUUCACAUCGUAAAAAGGGCUUUGUUGGAAAACUAUUGAAUGAUGAUGGACACUGUGUGUAUGCGUAAGUACUGAGGUGCAUGGGGUUAUAACAGCCAUGCUGUCAAUCCGUUUUUCCAAGUAUGUCAUCUGCUUUCAGUCUUGAUUGUCACAAACUGAUUCAUAUGGUUCAUAUAUACAUCUUCAUGUUAUUUUAUUUAAAAGAUGUUUUUUUUUGUGACAUGUUUUCUAAUUGUUUCGGGUUUUCCAGUUUUCAGGUCAGUAGUAUCUAGUUAAGGUAUACACAACACUCAGGCUGUAUUCAACUACUGUAUUAAGCAACAGCUAUGCAUCAUAUUAAACAACAGAAUCUCUUUAAUCUUGAACAGUAACUUACUUUGCAUGGUCUUCUUUUUGCAUUCCAUCUAUCACCCUUAAGACCUAGAUUGGCAGAGGUACACACACUUUGGGAAGCAGAUGUGAUAAACGUGUCGUUCAUUAUCCCCAAAGUGUUCUAUACCGGUCGUCAUGUAUUGAGUAUGAAGACUCAAACUUUGCUAUCUAGGAACUUCAAGGCAUUAUUCUAUAUGCCUUCUAAAAGAUGUGUCACAUUUGUAUAUUAAGCUAUUGUUGGAGAGACUAUUUAAAGAUCUAUUUUUAGAAAAUAAUGUAAACUAUUAUUAUUUUUCGGCAACUCUGUGCAUACAGUUUGUAUUUGAAACAUAAAGUUGUUGUUUUUAAACCCAAA